CGCGCCAUCGCGCCUGCGGGGCGCUCGCGCCCGUGGGGACCGAGACCUGUGAUCUGCUGGUUAUCACCCCGUCUACCUGCCGGGCAUCCGAUUUGACCCCCCAACCUGCCAGCUGCCCCGGGGGGACCCACCCCCACCCCUCCUGUCAGACAAGAUGCCGAUCCUCAAGCAGCUGGUGUCCAGCUCAGUGCCCUCCAAGCGCCGCUCCCGAGUGGACCUCACGGCGGAGAUGAUCAGCGCCCCACUGGGGGACUUCCGCCACACCAUGCACGUGGGCCGGGGCGGCGACGCCUUUGGGGACACCUCCUUCCUCAACAGCAAGGCUGGCGAGCUGGACGGCGAGUCCCUGGAAGAGCAGCCGUCCUCCUCCACUUCCUCCUCCAAACGCAGCCUCCUGUCCCGCAAGUUCCGGGGCAGCAAGAGGUCACAGUCGGUGACCAGGGGCGACCGGGAGCAGAGGGACAUGCUGGGCUCCCUGCGGGACUCGGCCCUGUUCGUCAAGAACGCCAUGUCCCUGCCCCAGCUCAACGAGAAGGAGGCCUCCGAGAAGGGCUCCAGCCCGCUGCCCAAGAGCCUGUCGUCCAGCCCCGUGAAGAAGGCCGACGGGGGUGCCGAGGACGAGGGCGUGGGCGAGGCGGUGCCCCGGCGAAACGGGGCCACCAGCCCCCACUCCCCGGACCCCCUCCUGGACGAGCAGGCCUUCGGGGACCUGACGGAUCUGCCCGUCGUGCCCAAGGCCGGCUACGGGCUAAAGCACGCUGAGUCCAUCAUGUCCUUCCACAUCGACCUGGGGCCCUCCAUGCUGGGCGACGUCCUGAGCAUCAUGGACAAGGAGGAGUGGGAGCCCGAGGAAGAGGAGGAGGCUGGCGGUUUCCAUGGAGACGAGGACCCCGUGGGCAGUCUGGGCCAGAGGCCCCCUGCAGCAUCGGUCCCUCCCCUAGCCAGGCAGGAAGGCAGGGCGGGCCCGGACCUGGCCCCGCUGUCCUCCCAGGCCCUGCAGGACGAGGGGUGGGCGGCGGCAGCCCCCAGCCCCAGCUCGGCCCGCAGUGUGGGCAGCCACACCACGCGGGAUAGCAGCUCCCUCUCCAGCUGCACCUCAGGGGUGCUGGAGGAGCGCAGCCCUGCCUUCCGGGGGCCGGACAGAGCCCGGGCCGCUCUCCCCAGGCAGCCCGACAAGGAGUUCUCCUUCAUGGACGAAGAGGAAGAGGAUGAAAUUCGAGUGUGAGGCCCACGGGAGAGGCCGCCCCACGCUCUUGGCGUCAUCUCCCCGGCUCAGCCCAUCACCCCCUCCACCUCCCGCACAGCAGGGGCAGCCAAGAGCCCGGUGGGCCACAGACCCUGGACCUCACGCAGGAGGGGCGUGGGCCAAGCUGGAGGGCCUCGGAGGACUUGGGGAGCGGGCAGGGGUGCCAGAGGGGUGUCUGACCUCACGGCACACCCAGACGUCCCCGAGCUCUGUAAUGGGGCGGUGUUCUCACAGCAGGAACCCGUUUUCCCCUUCCGGGCCCAUUUUCUCCACCCUGACCUCACGUGGUGACCAGAUGCCAACCUGAGUUCCUGCCCCGUGCAGCAGUAGCAGGUCAGCCCCGGGGGGCAGAGCUGGAGAAAGGGCUUGCCACAGCCCCGCCAUGCCUGGGCCCCACACCAGCAGCCCGGAGCCCUUGGAAUAAACCAGGCUGCAUAUCUGCACGCUCAACGCCACCCCUUUGGGGGAGAGAAGCCCACGGGAAACUGAUGGUCCUGCGCGGCCUGCGUUUUCCAGAAGGGGCGCUUCCAGGGCACGGCUAGGAAUAGGAGCAGGCCUGGGCGCAAGCUCGGCCCGGGGGCUGUUUGUUCUCACCAGUUGUGUAUAGAUCCUUCUAGAGCAGUGUCGGGGACAGCGUUAGUAAGGCCGCUGCCAGAAGGAGAGGGAACCGUUUUAGGAAACCUUAAUACUAAGUCUCCUCUUGAGGAUUCACAGUGAAUACUUAGCACACUUCAGGCGGAGGAGGUCCCAGCUCAACGUUAGCUAGUGCUUCCACAUUUUAUUUAGACCCAUAUGGGGUGUCUGUGUGCGUUUGUCUGCCCACCCCCCUCGCCACCCACCCCAGUUCUUAACAGCUGGAGGUGGCCAUUGUAGAAAUUUCUGGGAAAUUAUUUUUUAACAAAUAAUAUAUCAUUCUGGGAGGGGCGGGGGAGGGGAGUGAAAGCUCUUUCUUUGACCCAGUGUUUCCUCCCUCCCCGUUCUGCUACUUCCCCUUCCUUUCUCAGGCCUCUGCCUCCUUGAACCACCUCCCCCACUUUUGAGGCCAGGCCCCCAGGGCAUAGAGGUUGCCAGACUUAGCAACAAAACAACCAGAAUGCCAGUGAAAUUAGAAUUUCAGGUAUCCAGAGGGUAAUUUUUGUGUGUGAGUACUCCCUGCUAUAUUUGGAACAUAUUUAUGCUGAAAAGAAAUUUGUCUUUCUGAAAUUCAGAUUUCUCUCUGUCCUAGGGGGUUGAGUAGAAGCUUGGGUGUGAGCUCCAGGGCUGCAGAUUUUUCUGUCCUGGGAACGACUAACCUACCCCUCCCUCCCUGGGUAGCCAGCAGGGGGCAGCUCCAGCCCAGCCCAGCCCAGCCUGGUGGGCACAGCUGCUGCAGCCCCCCCAUCCUUUGCUGGAUCCUGACGGAGACCCUGACUUAGCUCCUGAUCACAGUGCCCUGUGGUGCUCCAGUUCCAGUAGCUUCCAGUAGCCUAGCCCCCAUGACGGGGGAGGACGAGGAGGGGCGGGGCAGCCCCAUCUGCUGCCCCUGAAACCCAUCCAGACAGUGGCCAGUCCCAGAUUCUAAACUGUAUAUUUUUUUCAAGAUAUUGUUAAAAAGUCAAGGAACCAUUAAAAAAUGCUGUAGCACACCUCUGCUUUGGGGGAGUGUUUUUUUAGGAUGGGGGUAAGUGUGAGGGUACAGACUGGGAACCCUGGGGUUACUAUCCUACCCCUUGGCCCUUGGGGUCCAGAGACAGCUUCUCUCUGUCCCUUUGGGGCCCUCCUCUCUCCUGCCCCGGCAAGGACAAGGCCUCCUGCCCGUCUGCCUGGGUAGGCCCUGGGGGCUCUAGGACCUUGGCCACCUAAUGGCUGCUUAUCAACGGGGAGGGGAGCCCUGUAUUUAGUCACCCAGCUGCUGGAGCCUGUUCUCAUCCGCACAGUGGGACUCCUGCUGCUCCUCCAGGGCUGGGUGCAGACUGGCUCCCAAAGUGGUCAUCAAGAAGAGGGAGACUUUCCCCAAGCCCCCAGGGCCAGCAGAGCUGGCGCCACCAGAACGUGACAGGCCAGAAAGGGCACCUCCCUGCUCCCUUUUUUUGUCCUGCAGCCUCAGCUUCCAGGCUGUGUUCUUCCCCCACCCCCCAUGGUCCACCGAGGUAGCCACAUGGCUGGACACCCACCCGACCACCUUCUCCAAAGGCAUCAGAACUGGUGAUUCCAAACCCUCCUUCCUCACCAUCACCAGUUACCUCAAAGCUUUAUUAGCACAUGGGAAAAUGAGAUCAGGGUUUGGGACCCUCCCCCAGCUGGCCCAGCUCCAGCCUCCCCACCCCCACUUCCCCUCCAUGGGCACCUCCAAGAGACAAAAUCUCACCAGCCUGCCCCCCACCUCUGUACCAUGGGGUCGGGUUCCUGGAAUCCUUGCCCAUCUCCCUGAGCCCCUACAGAGAAGCGUGGGCCUGUCCACUUCUCUUCCUGAGAAGCAAUGAGCCACAUAAUCAAAAUGUCAUCCAGGUCUCCGCCCCAUGAGACUCAGGAGGGGUGUGUCUGGGGCUGAAUUAUGAGCAGGCGGUGGGGGAGCCCUGGAGGAACAGGUCAGAAAGACAGACUGGGGCACACAGCCCAGCAGGGGCUGGGCCCCUAGGAGCUGCAUUCUGGCUGGAUAGGAGAGAAGGUGCUGGCCAGCGAGGCCCAGCAGAUGCAGGGCACCUGAGUGGGCUGUGCCUCCCAGUCUCAGCAUAAACCACCACCCCAGCAGCCACAACUACUAACUGGUAUUCCAGCGGGUCCGGGACUCUUCUUUUUUUAAAAAAGAUUUAUUUAUUUGUGCAUGCAAGAACUGGGGUACAGGCCAGAGGUGUGGGGGGUGAGAGGAUUCACCAAAGACAGAGUGGGGCACAGAACAGGCAAAUUGACUGAAAUCCACUGCUGAGGGGAGCAGCGGGGAGACAGGAGAGGUCCGCUGCGCCAUGUGGUUACCUCCUGGCCAGGGAUCGAACUCGUGCUGCAGUGCUGCCGGUAGCGGGACAGCGCUGUCCCUGCGCCACCAGGGAGGCCCCUGGUCCAGGACUCUUGAUGGAAAAACACCAGCCAUUGAGGAGCAACAAGGAGCCUGUGGGGAGACCUGGCUGGACCCACAGCGUCAGGUGAAUGGACCUGCUGGUCCAUAAUGGGAUAACUGGACAGGGUGAGCUGAGCCGGGCUGGCACCGACCUUGGUUUGCUGUGUGACCUUGCCCCACUUAAGUCUCCAUUCUGGGCAGCGUCAGUGUUUCCAGCCUCAGAAUCAGGCACCAGCUCACUUUCCCCAGGAGCUGCAUUUGCGGUGAGGUCCUCUGCCGGAUUCAUACACAGACAGACGCCAGCCCCCUGGGCGGCUUGGGCUUGGGGGGUUCUAUACUCUUUCCCUUUUGGUCUCAGGCUCACCUGAGAAACCUAGGGUCUCACCUUUAGUCACCCCCGAGGGCCCUUCUACUCUGAGAGCCCACAGCUAGAGCCAGAAACUACUGCUGGGUGACAGAUUAUUUUAAGUCAGAUCGCCACUAACAUUUCCAAACAUGGUGGGACCCCAAAGCUGCCCACCCCAGAUGGACAGGAUUCACAGCCCAAAGACGGGUCAGCACCAGCCCGCCCAGGGCCAGCCUCCAUCAGGUGUCUCCCCGCCUCCUGCGUCCCAUGGGGGGCUCAGCUUACAUCUCUCAGGCACUGCGAGACCUGCACUGUCCUGACAAGGGCUGUGUGUAGCUGUCGGGGCUGCUGCCUGCCAGGGGCUGUUCUCGGUACCAGUCUCGUCUAAUUCUCCUAAGAAUCCUGAGGUUGGUGCUGUUCAUGUCGCCCCCAUUUUACAGAUGAGGACAUGGAGACAACUCAAAGAUGUGGGAGUUGGCUCAGCCCUGCAGAGCUAAGAAAUGCAGGGGCCGGCACAGAUGCAGGCUCAUGCUCCAGAGCCCAUCCUCAUGACCACUGUCCCCACCAGAAGGUUUGCACGUGGGGAGAAGGACUGGCCCAGUGGGGCAGUGACCGGCUGGGUGAGCAGCCCAGA